GAGAAGUUUCUCCUCAGUAUCUCUUGAGAAGAAAUCCAAAACAAAUCUCGGCCAGUGUGUUUUCUUUCACCACGGAAAGACAGAGAGAUCAGACGAUGGCUCCGAAGAGGAAGAGAACAUCACCAGCAACAUCUUACCAGGUCUUCCUGAGCUUCAGGGGACCUGACACCCGUCAGGGAUUCACAGAUGUCCUUUACCAUGCUCUCAUAGAUGCCGGGAUUCAUGUUUUCAGAGACAAUGAGGAGAUCCGUAAAGGCGAGUAUAUCGGCGAUGAGAUCCUGGGAGCCAUCGAGGACUCUACGAUCUUCGUCCCCAUCUUCUCCAGGACCUAUGCUUUCAGUAAGUGGUGCCUCAUUGAGCUCGCAAAAAUGGUGGAGUCCAAGGAGGGAUCGAGCUGCAGUAAAAGGAUCCUGCCCAUUUUCUAUGAUGUGAGCGUCGAUGAUGUCAAGCUUAAGACGGAGUUGUACACUGAAGCUCUAUCAAUACACAGGGAGAAGUUCAGUACCGACAUACUGCACCAGUGGGAGGAGGCUCUUCGAGAAGCUGGAAAAAUCACGGGAUGGGAACUGAAGGAUAAAGGUCAUGCAGAAUUUGCUAAGGAAUUCGUCAGGAAGGUAUCCGUGGAGUUGAAAGUGAAAAAAAAAUAUGUGACUGGGAGCCUAGUUGAGAGGAUUGAUGAGCAAGAUGCUCUUAUAAGCUUGUUGGAUCUAAAGUCCUCUCAUGAUGUUCGGUUGGUCUGGAUCCAUGGAAUGGGGGGUAUAGGUAAGACAACACUUGCCAAGGCUGUUUUCAACCGACUCUCUGAUCACUUCGACGGCUGCUGCUUCCUUCUAGACGUGCGAGAAACAUCCAAGUGCAAAGGUAUUGAACAUUUGCAGAGAAAACUCUUGCAAGAUCUUGGUGUUAAAUCAGCAGACAUCACUGAUGAGAAUGACGGGAUCUGGAUGAUCAGUGAAAAAUUGCAGAACAGGAAAGUUUUAGUUGUUCUCGAUGAUGUAUACGACCUGGAGCAAAUUGGGAAACUAGCAGGAGAGACUGGUUGGUUUGGAGAGGGAAGCAGGAUAAUCAUCACCUCCCGGAAUAAAAAGGUUCCUGUGUUUGAAGGAGGAAGAGUUGAGAUAUUGGAAGCGGAGCCGAUGAAAUUUGAAGAAUCUCUCCUCCUUUUCAGCAGGCAUGCCUUUGGGAAGGAGAAUCCACCUGAAGACUUCCGCGACCUUUCAGAGGAAGUCGUCAGAAUUACGGGAGGGCUUCCCUUGGCUCUUGAAGUAAUAGGUUCACAACUUCGGACAAGUUACGAGCAUCGUGACUGUGUCCAUUGGAAUCAUUUAAUCCGUACCUUACAGAAAAUACCAGCCAGGAAGGUCCAAGACAGGCUUAAGAUAAGUUAUGAUGCCUUAGACUGGGAAGCAAAGAAGAUAUUCCUCGAUAUCGCGUGUUUCUUCAUUAACGAGGAGAAAACAAAAGCAAUUUACAUGUGGCAAUCCUGUGGCUUUGAACCAUAUUUGGCAGUGAAAGAGCUUUUCGAUGCGUCCCUAAUAAAACUCGCUGACGACAACAAGUUCUCGAUGCAUGAUCAGCUGCGGGACCUUGGAAGAAAAAUCGCUCGUGAUGAGAGGUUAAAGGACCCCGGAAAGCUUUGCAGUAGAAUAUGGAUGCCUGAGGAUGCUCUAAAAGUGCUGCGGGAAGAAGAGGGCAAAGAAAAUGUUGAGAUGCUUUGUCUUCCAUACAAUGAGCUCUCCAAAGAUUGUAUCCUUACGAAACAGGAACUGAAGAGUUUCAAGAAUCUUAGAUUUCUCAGUCUCGGUGGAUCAAAUUUUUCGGGAGACCUUGAGCAUGUGCUCCCCAAGUUGAAUUGGCUUUGUUGGCAUUCAUGUCCUGGCAUAUAUCAGGGAACUAAUCUGUGUUUAAUGAAUCUGGUCGUGCUUGACCUCUCAGGAAGUCUCAUAAACGAAACUUGGACAGGAUGGUGCCAAAUCGAGAUGUUCAAGGAGUUGAAAGUUCUAGAUCUCACGAGUUGCCACCACUUGACCAAAACACCCGACCUAUCGAUGUGCGCAAAAUUGGAGAGACUAAUACUUCAAGAUUGCAAGAAUCUGGUGGAAAUAGACCAUUCUGUGGGAACAUUGAAAUGCCUAAAGUACUUGAACGCCAGUGGCUGUCUUCAUCUCAGAGGCAUUCCGGCAGAAAUAUGUUCUUUGGAUGGCGUCGAGGAGAUAGUCCCAAAAGCGGAAGUACGCAACUUCAAGGAUAUGCUCAAGCUUCCGGACUCCAUCAGAAUACUCUCAAGACUCGAACACCUAUCUCUGAGUUGGGGAAGGGGUACGCUUCCAAACUCACUUGGAUAUCUCAAGUCAUUGGUUAAGUUGGACCUGUCGCGUUCAACGAUGGCUGAAUUACCUGAAUCCAUUGGUGCACUGGUGAAACUUGAGUUUCUGUCCUUAUACUCAUGUGGAGAAAUACAGAUGCUCCCAUCUUCAAUUGGGAAUCUGAAAUCGCUGGCCGAACUGGAUAUUUCGAUGUCAGGAAUCACUCAACUGCCAUAUGUAAUUGGGGAUCUGCAGGAACUGAAAGUGAAAAAUAUGAGAGGUAGUGCUAUCAAAUGGCUGCCCGUAUCCAUGGGGAAGCUGAAGAAGCUGGAAAAGUUGAACAUCGAGUAUUGCUUUCAUCUGCAAGAUAUCCCAUCAGUAAUUGUGGGGCUCCCUUACUUGCUAAUAGUCGUGUCCUCUGACCCAGAGCUGGGAUUUGGGGGACACGGGAAGAGGAUCGACAGUGUUGCAUUGCCUGAGGAUGAAGCUGAACAUCGGCCACUCACUCUCACCAGAGAAACGGCACUGGUGGGUGGAGUCCCUGGAAAGACGCAGAUGAUGAUGAUUCUGACAGAGUCUAUUGAGAAGAUGAGGCCGCGGAUAGUCGACAAGAUGAUGGAGACUUUGAAAAGGCAUUGUCCAUUUUCUGGUUCAGAGGGAUUGCAAGGAUUGCACGAACUAAGGAAAAUAGCGGUUCGGUUUGAAGAAAAGGUUUUCCAUGAUGCCAGGAACCUGCACGACUAUUUUCGGAAAAUAUCGAUAAAGAUGCUGCAACUGGACGACAAAUAUCGAUAAAGAUGCUGGAAAUGGAGACAGGACCCCUCGGUUCUAACUGAGCCUCCUGAUUCAGGGAAAACUUAAGCAAAAUGGUGCAAGUUAUAUUUCAUUGGAAAGCUUAGCGAGUAGGGAAUAACAUCGAUUCUAAUGGUUCGUGGUUUCGAGUCCGGAUGAUGAAGUUACGACCAAAUGAAGAUGAAUGCGCAAACAAACCCAAACCGAUCCGCUCAACUUAUCUUUUUGGCAUGGAGAAACUUGGAGACUUUUGGCAUGGAGAAACUUGGGACCUUUUGGCAUGGAGAAACUUGGAGAAUUAGCAUGUGUUUGAUAACACAAAAUAAGUGUUUAAUUUAAUCAUUCAAAACUUAAUGAAAUUAAGCUUGUUUCAUAAGCACUAAAAAAGAUGACUUAAUAGACUUAAGUCCAAAAGGUUCUAAAUGAUAAGUGGUUGGGGGCCUACUUAAUCAUUGAGUUAUUAUUUGCUGA